UUAAUUUUAACGUUUUCCACAUAGACUUGGCUUUUCGGUGGUUACAAGAAUCCUGCACCCACCACACCUCACCUAGUUCGGUGGCGUCUUGCUCUAUUCUAACGCAAGGCAAAGAUUAAGAUCUGGUUGGGAAAUUGGUGUGGAAAGAGUACGGAUCUCGCAGUUUCUUGGUCCAUCGGGGUAUACUUUGUUUUUGCGAUGGGUUGGAGAUACAACGCUGGCUUGUUCCUCAUAGCCACUGUCGUUGUUAUUUGGGUUACCUCCGCUGAAGUUACCCAGGAUAUUUUUACAGAUUAUAAGCAGCCGUUUGCAGUGACAUAUCUUGGAGCUUCUCUUAUGGUAGUUUACCUCCCAAUAGCAUUCAUUAAGGACUGGUUCUGUAACUUACUUAAAUCCCGCUCCUCUAAAAGUGGUAAAAAUGCAGAGUGCGUGGAUGAGUUUUCUGUCAGGAUUAGCUCUCCUCUCAAAAGCAAUGGAGUGCAGAAAAACUUUGAACUAGAACUGGGGAGUGUAAAUCGAAAAGAUAGUGAUUUAGACCUUGCGACACUUUCAGAAGUAAAGCCAUUGGUAGCUAAAUAUAAUGAUAAUACUAAUGUCCUAAAGGUGGAGAAAGAACUUACUGCGAAGGAAAUUGCUUCUUAUGGGUUUUACAUUGCACCUAUCUGGUUUAUAACAGAGUAUCUAUCAAAUGCUGCCCUUGCACGAACAAGUGUUGCAAGUACAACAGUAUUAUCAUCAACUUCGGGACUUUUCACACUUUUUAUUGGUGCAUUUAUGGGUCAAGACACUUUAAAUGUAGCAAAAGUAGUUGCUGUCUUAGUCAGCAUGGCUGGGGUUGUCAUGACAACAAUGGGGAAAACUUGGGCUGCGGAUGAAUCUCAAUUAAGUGAUGCCAAUGGAAAACACUCUUUGGUUGGCGAUCUUUUUGGAAUUCUCUCAGCUAUGUCAUAUGGCCUAUUUACAGUUCUUCUUAAGAAAUUUUCUGGUGAAGGAGAAAGGGUUGAUGUGCAAAAGCUGUUUGGGUAUAUUGGAUUGUUUACCCUAGUAGCACUGUGGUGGCUUGUUUGGCCAUUGAUGGCCUUAGGAAUUGAACCCAAAUUCAGCAUUCCCCACUCUGCUAAACUGGACGAAGUGGUUCUUGCAAAUGGAUUUAUUGGAAGCGUACUCUCAGAUUACUUCUGGGCACUUUGCGUUGUAUGGACUACUCCCCUUGUGGCCACUUUGGGUAUGUCACUCACCAUUCCUCUGGCAAUGGUGGCUGACAUGGUAAUUCAUGGUCGACAUUAUUCAGCAGUAUACAUUCUUGGCUCAGCUCAGGUAUUUGCAGGCUUUGUAAUAGCUAAUCUUUCAGACAGGUUGACGAAGAAGUUGGGAUUGUAGCAUAUUGUUUUCUUUGUUAAUUUUUUCCAUAGUUGAUUCUUUGUUCGGUCCAUCAUCCGUCCUUUGUUCUGAUAGGGUGCUGUACCACAAGACAAUGUAUAUCAUAAAUCAAUGCGCUGAAUGGGUGCUGUAAUUUUUUUGUGUAUAUGAUUCUAGGGUGAAGUUCAUGUUGUUUACACUAUAGGUUGACGUAUUACUAGCCACGGAUCAAAUGAAUGUAAUGAAGCCUUUUUUUCCAUUUCUGUAUGCAAUUUAUUUUUUCUCCGUGUAA